AGCAGGUGCCCGUAACAUGAAGCCGCGGCACGUGACUGGCAAUGUUAAAUCGAUAUCUUUCUAGCAACACGACUCUCUAACAAUGAGACUUUUCUGGUCAAUGUGUGUCUACGCAUUUCUCCUCGAGAUAAUCAAGUGACAUUUUUCUUUGCAAUUCUUGUUAAAAACUGACGCGGGACAAAAAUGGUGAAGAUCACGUUCGAAUUAUUACGAAAGCGCUCGGAGCACAACGAGAGCGAAAUAUCGACGUUGGAGGAGAUAGCCUUGCAUCAAGAGAAUAUUGAAAUCGAGUUGUUAGACAGGCAGUGCAGGAAUCUCAAGAUCCUUUUGUUGCAGCACAAUCUCAUAUCGAAGAUAGAGAAUCUCAAUAUGCUGAAGAGACUGGAAUACUUGAACUUGAGCCUUAAUAACGUCGAGGUUAUCGAAAACCUGGAGGGCUUGGAGAGCUUGAAAAAGUUGGAUCUCACCAUCAACUUCAUCGGAAAUUUACAAAGUAUAAAAAGUCUCAGGUGCAACGAGAACUUGGAGCAACUGAUUCUAAUGGGAAAUCCGUGCGCGGAUUAUGAAUACUACAGGCAAUACGUCGUGGCAACUCUGCCGCAAUUGCGAGAGCUCGACAUGCAAGACAUUGAAAGAUCAGAGCGUAUCAAAGCGUUGCAGAUCUACGCGCGAGCGCAGGACGAUGUUAUCGAGAGUUAUCGACGCUACGAGAAAACCAGAGUAGUCCAACGGGCUCGUCGCAAGGCUGCUCUCGAAACAACAGAAACAAGUGAGAUGUGGCAAAGGAGGAUCAAAUAAAAUCAGUAAUGUCAGACAUGCUGACAGGAAGAGAGGACACUCCGAAGGAAGCAAACAUUGCUAGUGGAAUCCUUAUGGUCCAGAUACUUGGAGUGCAAGGAGAUAUCGGAACGGCCACGAGAAGGAUAACGGUAUCUGCCACGAAUGAUCCCCACCCUCUCGAAUGCCAUAGACGUAGUCGAACGGGCCCAGAAGAAGAUAAACGGGAAAUAAGAUACAUUCACAUUUUUCGCGGCCUCGUAACACGCACCUGUCGCCAACAACAUCGCAGACCGCAGCGAGAAACGAGCGAUUAUAAAUCAUAACUUUGAAAUUUAUAUCUCACUAGCAUCUCAUUUCGUCUCUUCAUUCUCAAUACAGUCGCAUAAUUAUGUAAAAUGCAUACAUUAAUAAUCAGAUUAUCAUUAAAGAAUAAUAAUAAUAAAUUUCUGUGAAAAUAUUACAUGAAUAAUCAUAAUGUAAAACAGUGUAUUCAUAAAAUCGCGUUAAGAUCGUUCAAAAAUGAACGAUCGUAUAAACAAUAC